AUGUCUUCAUCGGGUGUGAACACUACUAGUAGUACUAAUUUAGAUGCUAUUAAUGCUCUUAAAUAUAGUAAAAUUCUGUUUAUUCAAGUUUGGUGUUUUACAAUGUUUUCUUUUGGUACUGUCGGUCAUAUAUUAAGUAUUUAUGUGUUUACACGUCGCUCACUUUAUUCAAAUCCAUGUUCACGGUAUUUUUUGGCGUCAGCAAUGACUGGUCUAGUUGUUGUAUGUACUGCUGUACCUCUGCGUCUUCUUCAAUUUGUAUAUAAUAUUGAUGUUUUUAUGAGUUCCAAUGUAAUGUGCAAAAUUCUAGUGUGGCUCUUGAAUUGGUUCAAAGCUCUACCAUCAUGGUUUAUCGUACUUGCUUGUGCCGAUCGGUUUUUGUGCAGUUCAUCGUCUGCUACCAUCCGGGCUUGGAGUAGUAUUCGUGUAGUUACUUUUGCUACUUCACUGACGAUUUUGAUUGUUGGUCUCGCUUACUUACAUAUGCCCUUCUAUAAUCGAGUGAACACAGCAUCAGGAUGUGUCAUGGAUCCAGGAACCUACACAACAUUUUGGGGCAUUUUUAAUUUAUUUAUAUUCAGUAUGGGCCCACCUGUCUGCAUGCUUACUUUCGGAUUACUCGCCAUUCGAAAUGUUCGUCGAUCUGUGAGACGAAUGAUACCUAGUAAUACUCCUACUCCAACUCAAAAUCAAUUGCAACAUCGUCAAAAAGCAACAGAUCGUCAGUUGAUGCAAAUGAUGAUGAUUCAAUCAAUAAGUAAUGAGGUUUCGAAUGUUCUUCAAGCAGCCAGACUUAGUCUAGCUGCGUCUGUAACCUCAUUUCUAACCUUUGGUGGCGCAUGCAUGAGUUUCUAUACGUUCACAUUAUCAAGCCAGUUAUUUCGCCGUGUACUCAUCCAUUUAUUUAAUUGUCAGCAACGAACAAUACAAGUAACCUCCGUGAACAGAAACAAUCGAAUACAACAAAAUAGAUUGAAAACGAGUGCUUUGUAA